UAAUUUCAUUAUUCAUUAGUCUAUCAUAUCAAGAUAAUGAUAUUUUGCCGGCUGUACCGCUUGUUGUCAAAAGUCCAUACCUGUCCACAUGGAUGUCCGCUCGAGAGCUGUACGGUACGUGGCCUACAUUCUGGAGAGGACCUGUCAGAGGAAUGGCAGGUCUGGUUCGAGUAGACGGCAAAACCUAUGAGUUUAUGGGUCAUCCAACCCAAGACAAUAUUGGCACAAAUCUUCAGGCAAAACAAGUUGGACUGAAAGUGACACCGACUCAGUCGAUAUUUACCUUCAAUGCCGGUCCCAUUGUACUGGAAGUUAACUUUUUUACACCAAUAGAUCCGACAGAUUUGAAACGGCUGUCACUUCCGGCUUCAUAUAUAGCGGCCACUGUCCGGUCAACAGAUAAAUCCAAACAUGACGUACAGCUCUAUAUUGAUUUGUCCGGCGAAUGGACAUCAAGUGAUGUCAAUGAAGUGGUCGAAUGGGAUGUCUUUAAAGUAAACAAUGUUAUACUCAAUGCAAAUCUUCAUUUGAAAAACCAGAAAACGUUUGAUGAAUUUAAUGAUAUGGCUAAAUGGGGAACAAUCAAGUUUUUUACCGAUUCAUUAAUUACAUAUAAGGCGGGUGACUCUGUAUCGUUGCGCUCAAAAUUUGUAAAAGACGGUAUACUUGACGAUAUAGUUGAUAAAAACUAUCGGCGCAUAAAUGACAACUGGCCCGGAGUGGCAUUUGCUCGCAAUAUGAUUGCCAGUGAACAGAGAUCAGAGACUGUCUUUUAUGGUGUCGCACAUGUUAGACGUCCGGCCAUCAACUAUACUGAUUCUCAGUUAAACCAACUUUGGGAAAGUUAUUUCAGUGGUGACGACAACAAAAUGAUUGAUUUUGUGUUGGGUGAGAGUCAGGCAGCACUCAAAAGAGCUGUCGAUUUGGACAGUCGUAUUGUGGCCGAUGCUCACAAAGUUGGUGGCGAUAGUUAUGUCAAAGUGGUCUCAGCAGCACUAAGACAGGCAUUUGGUGGCACUGAACUGGUGGGUACACCUGAAAAACCAUGGCUUAUGCUUAAAGAGAUUUCAUCGGACGGCAACUGUCAGACAGUGGAUGUUAUUUACCCCCACUUUCCCGUCCAGUUAUACCUAAACCCACUUCUACUUAAAUAUCUUUUGGAUCCACUUAUAGACAAUCAAGAAAAAGGUUAUUUUCCAUACAAAUAUUGUAUUCACGAUUUGGGAUCAAGUUAUCCGCGUUGUAUUGGACACAGAGAUGGUAAACAAGAAGAUAUGGAAGUCGAGGAAAGUGCUAAUAUGUUGAUUAUGAUGUCGGCCUAUGUUAGAGCAACUGAUGAUAAGGAUUGGGCUACAAAACACUACAAAAUAGCCAAACAAUGGACUCAAUAUCUUGUUGACCACGGAUUGAUAACUGGCGAUGCCUUAACCACUGAUGAUUUCUUGCAAAGAAUUAAAAACUCGACAAACUUGUCGAUCAAAGCUAUUGCAGGUAUCGGAGCAAUGGCACAGUUGUCUGAAAAAGUAGGCAAUCAAGCGGAUCAAAAAUACUACCGACAAAUUGCCGAAAACUAUGUCACUAAAUGGAUAGAUUAUGCUGAAGAUCCGUCUAAAAAACAUUUGAAAUUUAGUUACAAUACGGCCAACACAUGGUUUAUGGUUUACAAUAUGUACGCCGAUAUCUUGUUGGACACUAAACUGGUGCCCGAAUGGGUUUACAAACAACAAGAUGAGUGGUACUUAUCGGUACCCAACAAAUAUGGUGUACCCCUGUCCAAUGUCGACGCCCAGACAAAGUUAGAUUGGGUUAUGUUUACCGCAGCCUCCAGUUCUGACUCACGGCUCCGUCAAUUGAUGUUCGAUAGGACUGCCCAAUGGCUUAGAGAAACCACAGGUCGGGUACCUUUCUCUGAUAGGAUUGACAGCAAUUCAGGCCAACCGAUACAUUUUAUUAACCGACCAGUCAUUGGUGGUGUGUUUGCACCGUUGACUGUCAAUAGAAAAUAA